CUUGAUCACCAUCAUCUUGUUCAUCCAUCAUGUCCGCCUUGCCGCCUCAGUUUCCUUCAACUUUGGACUUCUCCACCAGCGACCACGCCUCGGAGCUCAAUUACAGCAACGACUCCCACUGGGCCGGAUGCCGGUGGCAGCGUCGGCCGCGUGUGGUACGCGCGCCCGGUGCCGCUCUGGGACAGCGCCACGCGCGCGCUGGCCAGCUUCGACACCACAUUCUCCUUCCAGAUCAAGCCGGUCAACGACACCCGCGCGCCAGGCGACGGGAUGGCUUUCUUCGGUGACUCCCCCCAACAGCGCCGGUGGCACCCUGGGGCUCUUCGGCGGCCGCUUCGGCAACGCGACCGCCUCCGGCGACGAGCGGUUCGUGGCGGUCAAGUUCGACACCCACUCCAACAACGGACAAGUGAAGAGCAGCAGCCACGUCGGCAUCGACGUCAACUCCAUCCUCUCGGCGGCGUCCAAGGACACGUACCUGGCCGAUCGAAACCUGUCCUCCGGCCUCCCGAUGGAGGCCAGGGUGUCCUAUCGCAACGACACGAUGCUGCUGCCGGUCGACCUCCAGAUCGGCGACGCCUCAUACCACGUCAGCACCAUCGUCGACCUGAGGGAGUCCUUGCCGGAGGCCGUCGCGGUGGGCUUCUCUGCGGCCACGGGCGUCUUUAUCGAGCUGCAUCAGCUGCUGUCCUGGUCAUUCAGCUCCAAUCUGGAGGCCGUCGCAUCCCCGCCCCCAAGGACGACGGUGAAUGCGCCUGCCCAAUCCCCAGGCGCCGGCGGCGGAGCAAAAGCCCCCAACAAGAACAAGAACAAGAACAAGCUCCGUGUCCGUGCGGAAACGCUUGCGCUUGCUACGGUGUCAGGCCUUCUGUGCCUUGUCUUGCUACUGAUCCUUGCCCGUAAGCUCAAGAUGGUUUCGCUCUGGCGCGAGAAAUGCGCAAGGAAGAAACUGGGCCACGGCCCCAGGAGGUACCAGUACAGCGAGCUGGUGAAGGCCACCAACAAAUUUGAUGAGCAGCGGAAGCUCGGCGUAGGGGGAUCCAGCGAGGUUUACCUUGGUGAUGAAUGCGGCCGCCGUUUCGCGGUGAAGAAGCUCAUCUCCGCCGUCAGAAUGACAGAUGCGGAAGCCCAGAGGAGGAUGGAGUUCGAAGCGGAAGUCGACAUCAUAAGCAGGUUAAGGCACAAGAAUCUUGUCCGGCUAUUGGGGUGGUGCGACAGCAGCAAUGGGCUCCUCCUUGUUUAUGAGCUCAUCUCUGGAGGUAUCCUCGACAAGAAUUUUUUUAAUACAAUUUUUUACUCAAAUUACAAAAAAAUACUGUGAAUUCCAGAAAUUUCAAAAGUAAAUCAUAAUCGUCUGCGGGUUGGACGAAAUUUAGAUUUCAUUAAAAUGCAUAAAAUUACGAUUUAUUAGUGUUCGUUUGGCUGUGCAUGACGAAAAUUUAUAUUUCGUCUAAUGGGUAGACAAAAUUAAAUUUCGUCCAACCAGCAGACAAAAAUGCAUGAAAUUACGAUUUAUUAAUGUUUUCGUUUGGCUGUGCAUGACAAAAUUUAUAUUUUGUCUAAUGGGUAGACAAAAUUAAAUUUCAUCUGCUGGGCAGACGAAAUUCAAUUUAAUUUUGUCUCCCACUAGACGGAUUUUUUUAUUGUUAUAUUAUUUUUUAUAUAGUAUGCUACAGUUAGCUAUAGGAAUAUAUCGCCAUUUGAACCGGCGAUAGCCAUACCUGGUGCGGAUGUCUGAAUGUUAUUGCUAGCGCUUCGAACGUCCGAAAAUAUCGAAGUUUAGAUUUUGGAUGUCAGAACGUCUUAUCAGACAGACGGUCCGCAUUUGGAUAGAGGACAGUCCACCAGCUAAUGUUCGAAGUGUCACAGAAUGGCAAAUGGUCCGCACCACUUAGUGGACGGUGCACCCCACAGCACUUAGUGCUGCGCUCGCACGCCAUGCACGGAAAAGAACACUCAUUGAUUCGCACUGCCGCGCUCGCUUCGAACAUUUGCCAUUCAAAUCACUCGAACCUAUCAGUGCUAUGGGGUGCACCGUCUGCUAAGUGGUGCGGACCGUUUGCCGUUCUGUGACACUUCGAACAUUAGCUGGUGGACUGUCCUCUAUCCAAGUGUGGACCGUCUAUCUGUUAUGGUGGACUGUCCUCUAUCCAAGUGUGGACCGUCUAUCUGUUAAGACGUUCAGACGUCCAAAAUCUAAACUUCAAUAUUUUCGGACGUUCGAAAAUCUAAACUUCAAUAUUUUCGGACGUUCGAAGCGCCAGCAAUAACAUUCAGACAUCUGCACCAGGUAUGGCUAUCGCCGGUUCAAACGGCGAUAUACUCCUGUAGCUAACCAUAGUGUACUGUAUAAAAAAUAAUAUAAAAAUAAAAAAAUUCCGUUUAGUGAGAGACGAAAUUAAAUUGAAUUUUGUCUGCCCAAUAGACCCAUUAGAAGAAAUAUAAAUUUCGUCAUGCACAGCUAAACGAAAACACUAAUAAAUCAUAAUUUCAUUCAUUUUCGUCUGCUGGUUGGACGAAAUUUAAUUUCGUCUACCCAUUAGACAAAAUAUAAAUUUCGUCAUGCACAGCCCAAACGAAAACACUAAUAAAUCGUAAUUUCAUGCAUUUUCGUCUGCUGGUUGAACGAAAUUUAGAUUUCGUCCAACGGUUAAACGAAAUUACUGAAUUUCGUCUACCCACUGGACGAAAUCUAAAUUUCGUCCAACCAGCAGACGAUUAUGACCUACUUUUGAAAUUUUUGGAAUCUACAGUAUUUUUUUGUAAUUUGAGUAAAAAAUUGUAUUAAAAAAAAUCGCCACGACAAGCAUCUCUACAGCACUGAGACGUCUCUUGGUUGGAAUGACAGGUAUGCCCGCCAACUAGCACGCUAUCUAGCUAGCUAGCUAACUAGUUUGUUGUAAUUUGCAUUAUAUCUUUCUUUUAAAUCAAAACUAGCAAAGUGGUAGUGGCAUGUGCAAAUAGCGUGGGUAUCUAACUUUUCAUACUAACAAUUAGUGUCGUUUUUUAACUUGAAAAAUGAAUCUAUUUAUUAAAUAAUUUUGUUUUGUUGUUUCAAGAGCAAGUAAAUUUCUAGGCCAUCCAAGUUAUAUCACCAAGGUAAAUCAAGAUUCGAGUAACGUCAGAGGAUAAUCAAGACCAUUAAAUUACGAUAAAAUUCAGUGGUAUAUGUUCUUUUGUUUUUUCAACUAGCAUGGUAAUUUCUAAACCUCCAUAAUAUUUAAAACUUAUUUAUAUUAUCUGUUGUACUCGACGUUCGUCCGCAUGCUUUAUUUUUGUCAAAUGUUUUAUACCGUAAAUUCACAUGAUCAAGAGAUCUAUUUGUAGUUCAUAUAUUUCUAAUUUUAACAUCCAGUGAAUCUAAAUAUUUUCUCACAAAUCAAUUGAUUCGUUCAUAUAGAUCAAAUUGUUUAUAGGCAUUUGUGUAAAAAAAUAUAGAUAUUGUAGGAUCCUAAAUUUUCUCAUCACCGAACACCAUCAGUUUUCCAGACAAUGAUAUACCCAAUGCCUAUUUAAAUAUUAGAGUGCAAAUUCGCAACCCUCGUGCGUGAAGUUUCUCCUAAUCUUAGCCUCUCCCAUCCCCUUAUACUGCACCUCAUCGAGACCCCCAUCACUUCCGGCCCUCUUCGUCUCCUCUGGCGUCUCGCCGGUGGUGAGAUGGGGGUGAGUUGGUCCCCUUCUUCUUCUAGUGUAUAUUAUGAUAUAUUAUGUGUGGUUUAUUGUGCUUGGAUGGGCGCAUACGGGAAAUCUCAUGUUUGCCGAGUGUCUACGAGUUUGCCGAGUGCAUUUCAUCGGACACUCGACAAACAAUCCAUUUGCCGAGUGUAAAAUAUAAUACACUCGGCAAAGUAAAAACACUCGGCAAAGUCCAUGGUUUGCCGAGUGUUUUUUUACAUACGGCAAAGUCCACGGUUGGCGAGUGUAUUCUUUUACACUCGGCAAACCACUAAUUUUGCCGAGUGUCUUGAGGUGGCACUCGGCAAACCAAAAAAAUUGUCUCUUCUAUCCUCCAAACUUUUUUUUGCUUUCCUCGUACCUUAAGUGGUACUCUAUGUUAAAAUUUGGUAUCUUUUCCGGCUUGUUUGCUACAUUUAGUUAAUUUAUUUCAUUAAAAGAAAUUUCUAGCUAUAAGUCAAAUUUUUGUACAAGUGAUUUGAAUAGUGGAAUAAAAUGAAUGGAAAAAUUAUAUUCGUGUUAUGGACUCCAAUGUUAGGCCAUAUUCAAUAAAUGAAAGGAAAUUUCGAACAUCUUGGUCACGAAUCAUGACCACGAACGUGUGGCGGAAUUGUUUUAAAAUUUUAUAAAAAGAAAACUAUCUCUGAAAAUUAUGAAAUUUGUCAAGAUAUCAUGAUAUGGUUGUGAUAAAAAAAUUUAGAAGGUUAUAUGGUUGUGAUAAAAAAUUUAGAAGGUUAUAGCCGCCAGCCCGCCGCGCGCCGCCUCUAAGCCGCCGCCGCGCCACCACACCCCGCCUCCGUGCCGCCUCCAGGCUGCUGCCGCGCCGGCCCGCCGCCUCCUUUACCCUCUCAACCUAAUCUCGCAGCUCCAGGACACCGCCGCCGCCGCCGCCUAUUCGUCGCGAUUUGCUACACCUCGCCGUGCUCUUUGCCCAUUGAAGAGCCGGCGUGCUUGCUGCUGCGCCCCCGCACCCUCUCUCAGCUCUCGCCAUGGGCCCAUGGCUGCCGUCCAGCGGCAUCUGAGUGGCAGCAGGGCCGCGACGGCGGAGCAGGCGCAGCGGCCAAGGUAGCAGCAUCUCAACUGUGGUCCGGUGAGGAGCUUGUGGACCAUGGCGGCGGCGGCUCGGCAGCGGAUCGAGGCGGCACUCCUGCUGUCCUGCAGAUUUACCUGGACAUCGUGAGGCGGCGGUGACAAUUUCUUAGCUCGGCUCCUCCCUCAUCGGUCAAGCAUUCCACCCCUCUCUCUCCCCCCUUAUCUAUGUUAACCAAUUUCCCUCUAGGAUCCGCUCUCUCCUCUCCCAGCAGACGGCUUCAUGUGGGGACAAGUGCCACAGCCAUUGCAGCGAUGCUCCGCCAUGAACAUGACCACUCCAAUUCAAGACGCUGCAGGAAGAACUAAAGUUUCAGUUGUUUGGUGUUGCUAAGUGGAGCUUGGAGCUGUUGCUGCUGUCUCUUGUGUGAAUCUACAGGACAUUUUGCAAGGGUCCGUUUACCUUCCCUACAUUGCUUGGUCCAGCCUUUACUAAUCUGGUGUAACUCUGUGACCUGAAAGACUGCAUCAGUUCUGAAACAUGCUUUGCAGAAUGCCUUCAUUUAGGAGUUGCUGGAUUCACUUUUCUUAGUAUGGUAUGGAACACUGUGAGUAACUGAGUAUACAUUUGUUUUUUAUUUUGUUGUGUUAACUCAUGAGACUGGAAAAUAAAGAAUGAAAGCCGAGUGACAAUAAAAAAAAUCACAUAAGUACUUGGUUAGUCUUUUGGGGUUUGUAGAGAAAUUUUGCAUAGCAAUGGGUGAUGGGUCAAUCCCCUUAGGUAGCAUGCUUUUUUUUAGUUUAUGGUGAUUUCAACAAUCAUUAAUAUAGAUAUACUUGUUUACUUAUGCUGGCAAGAAUUUUCUCCAUGCAUAUGACCUUUCUUUUUCAUGUAACAACUCGUUUACUUAUGCUCUAAUUGUGUCACUUAACCCUCAAAUUAUUACUACUGUUUGUGUGCAUUUCUACUUAGUAAUAACCUGACAUUCUUGCACUUGUUUUUGUACCCAUCCAGGUAUUCGAUGAGUACAUGAACUUGGUCCUUGAUGAUGCUGAGAAAAUCAAUGUUACGAAGAACACUAGGAAAUCAUUGGGUUAUAGAAAAGAGCUGAGAAAGGAUGGAAUAGUUUGCAUAAGCAAGCCUGCAAACCUGUAUUCUCAUUUGCUUGCUGAUAGUAGUUUACUGGAUUGAAUCAUUGACAAUGCAUAAGUACUCAUUUGUUCAUUUUAUUGCAAUAGCUCAAAGGUGGUAACAGAAACAUACAAGUCUGUAUAUUACUUUCUUAUCUCUUUUGGCUGUUUAAAAAAUUGUAAUCAUGGAUGCAGAUCUGUGUUUGUAAAUAUAUUUUUUUAGCUCU